GCCGGGUAUUGCCAAUGUGCCAAACAAACCCAUAGUUAAAACGACGCCGUUUCCAGGGGCACGCACAGCAGACUGGCAGAGCCGCAGAGGAUCCUUAUCGUAAGGCUGAACGGUCUGUUCGCAGAACUGAAUCCCCAAACUGCUGACAACAGCAGUAAUCUACGAAUGGCGGAUGCGAAUCAAACUGAAAGAGUUCAAUCAUUAGCUCAAAAAGGUGAAGCUUUUGUGCCGCCGGUAUACGUACAACCACCCUGUAACAGGCCUCGAGUCAACGCCGAUGACUCCGUGCAUCCGGUCCCGACGAUCAACCUUAGCUCGCCGACUGAGCUCCUCCUAGGCGAAGUCCGGCAGGUUUGCAAAGAAUGGGGAGCCUUUCACGUUGUAAACCAUGGAGUCCCUGUCGAAUUGCUUGAUGAUGCUAGGCGCGUCGGCCGUUCUUUCUUCCAGGACUAUCCCAUGAAAGAGAAGAUGAGGUACUCCUGCGAUCCCAAAUUUCCUGCUUCUGAGGGCUAUGGCAGCCGAAUGUUGGUUACUCCUAGCGACACCGUUUUGGACUGGAGGGAUUACUUUGAUCACCACACGUUUCCUCUAUCUCGUCGCAAUCCAUCUGGCUGGCCUCACUUUCCUUCCGAUUACAGAGGAGUUGUUGGACAGUAUGCCGAUUGUAUGAAAGUCCUCGCUGAGAGACUUCUAGAGUUGAUCUCCAAGAGUCUAGGCCUGCCUUGUUCUUGCAUCAAAGAUGCAGUUGGGGAAUUGCAUCAAAACAUUACUUUCAGUUACUACCCUCCCUGCCCACAACCGGAGCUUACUCUUGGUUUGCAAUCACACUCAGAUAUGGGCACCAUUACUCUUCUCAUCCAAGAUGAUGUUGCUGGGCUUCAAGUUCUCAGGGAUGGAAAUUGGGUAACUGUAAAUCCACUGUCUGAUGCUAUACUUGUGAUCUUGGCUGACCAAACUGAGGACCUGACAUCGGGGAAGAUGAUUGGCAGUGCUAAGGAGGAGGAUGGACUCUAUAUCUUUGAUGGAGAAACUCAAUCUAAUAAAAGAGGUCCAAGAAAUGCUUGUUUGCAAACUGUUUCUUUUUCAAAUAAUAAAGAGUUGUAUUUACUUCAUUAUAGACUAGGACAUCCUAGUUUCUAUUAUUUAAAAAAGAUGUUUCCUCAAUUAUUUCUGAAUAAAGAUGCUUCUUUGUUUAAUUGUGAUAUGUGUGCACUUGCAAAACAUCACAGAAACACUUAUUUACCC